ACUAUGGAGAGCUCUGUCGGUCGGUCGUGAACUAUGGAUUCCUAAUUCCUAGUUGACGAUUUCUGUAAAAAAUGUGCCGUCGUCGUCGUGAUAACAUAAUGCAGAAAGCACGCGAGAGGAAUUAAUCGAAUAAAGACCGUUUAUGGCAAUGAGAUUGGACCUCACUUUGUCCAACGGUAUCAUCCAAAACAUAGAAGAAGAAUCAAGAUCGAUUUAAAUCGAUCGCGAUCAAACUCACUGGUAGCACGCCGGUUGUAUAGGAAUCGAAUUCGCGUGACAUUUUUCAGCCGUUCUAUGGUGAUAACAUGUGCAUUAGUCCUCUGAAGAAGAUAUGCCAUUGGGGACCACUCUCUGCUCUCGGAAUAAUAAAGAUAAUUACGUUAAUGACGAUACACUGUAGUAAACAAUGGUGGUCACCACAAGAAAGUAUUCCAGCUGCUACCAGUUUUUUAUUGUUCUUUACUCUGAGUGGGUUAACUUUGUUUCAUUUUAUCAGCGCAAUCUUUGAAGGACCAGGAUAUCUUAAAUUAAAAUGGAUGCCGGAGAAAAUUACAGAUACACAAUAUUUACAAUAUUGUAUUGUCUGUCAAGGGUAUAAGGCACCAAGGUCACAUCAUUGUAGAAAAUGUGAUCGUUGUGUAAUGAAAAUGGAUCAUCACUGUCCAUGGAUAAAUACAUGUGUUGGACAUUAUAAUCAUGGUCAUUUUACGGCAUUUUUAGCAAGUGCAGUUGGCGGUUGUUGCGUCUCCACUGUUAUAUUAAUUUCCUGGGUUGUGACUGUAUUAUCUCUGAAGCCAUUGCCAUUCCCACCACCAUCAGUCUAUAUAUUAAUAUUAGUAGUAUUUAGUAUUGGUUUAUCUAUUGGUGUUAUACUUGCAGUAGGAAUGUUGUUAUAUUUUCAGAUGUUAGCCAUUGUGAGAAAUCGAACAGAAAUAGAAGAUUGGAUUUUGGAAAAGGCACGAUGCCGGCGAGAUAAUACAGAUGUUAAAUAUGUACAUCCAUAUUCAAAAGGAUGGCGUUUCAAUAUUAGUCAGGUUCUUACAUGGGAUUGCACCCCAGUUGGUGAUGGCAUUACAUGGCCCGUUAUUGAUGGCUGUGAUCAAUACACAUUAACAAGGGAGCAACUCGCACAGAAAUUAGAUAAGCGGAAAAGAGCGCGCAAGUAUAGAGCUAUAAAAACUGCCUCAGGAUUAAAACUUCCAAUUAGAUAUGGCUGUGGUGUAUUUUGUCAUCCGCCUUGCACUGAUGAACCUCGUAUCAAAUUGGAUAUAGAUGAUAUUAUGGUUGUAACGCGUUGGAAAAAAUAUUGGUUAUUUGGAGAAAAAGAGCUGAAAGGAGAAAAUAAUGUGGGAUCGAAACGUAUUAGAGGAUGGUUUCCACGCCCCUGUGUGAUUGAAGUAAUAGAAAAUGAUUUAUAUGAUUCAGAUAACUUGUUUAAGGACAAUUAAACUUUGAAGAUAUAUAACAAUAUUUAUGUGUGCUUGAAGAUAUGUGAACAAUUAGAUAACAAAAUGCUAGCAGUAUGCCAGCAAUACGGCAACAAAAUCAUGAUUGAUUUUGCAAUAAAUUUUGAUAUAUCUCUUCAUUAAACUUUGUUUUUGACAGUAUGUUCUCGAUAUUAUAUGACGGUUAAAUGCAAUAAAAUUCGAGCAUUGUCUUUAUCACGUCAAGACAGCAAAUUUCGAGUAGCAUUGCUACUCAGACAUACAUGACAGAGAAACAGUAGAACAUAAUCUAUUUUCAUGAUGUGAUAGAAACAAAUACAAUCUAUUGUCAAGUGACAUGAUAGUGACUCGCGCCAAAUCAGAUGCAGCAAUAGCGAGGCGAACCGUAUAUCUAUAUGGAUAUUGAACAGUCCAAUUACGAGUAUCUUGAAAUAUUGGAUCUCAGUGACGGCUGAACCAAUCAAGUUUUUAAUAGGUUUAAUCAAUAGCAUAAGUUUGUUUUAUUUAAUAAAAGUAUUUUUAUUUUUGCUCUUUGUACCCUAUAAAGAGAUGUUACCAAGCAAAGUUUGCAGCAAUGUAUUAAAAUAUUUAUUAAGAAA